CGUUGUUAAAAUACCCACAUAUUAUAUGUGUUGAAGAAAUAUCAUAUGUCAAAUCAUUUUGUGAUUAACGGUAUAUCAGUAUAUGUUAUAUUAUCUCUUUUGAGCACCCUCGCAAAUUAAAGGGGCCAUCACAAUUCACGAACAAUGGGAAACUUCAUUAUUACUAUUAUACCAAUUAUCAGUUUCUACCUUCUUCUCUUUCAAAUCUUCCAAACAAUUGCAGAAACUGAUACCAUCACUCACUUCCAGUCUCUAAGUAAAAACCAGACCUUAGUUUCCAAGACCGGACAAUUUGAGCUUGGUUUCUUCACUCUUGAUAAUUCCACCAACCGUUAUUACCUUGGCAUAUGGUACAAAAAUAUCCCAGGUCAAACCAUUGUAUGGGUCGCAAACCGCGAAAAACCCGCCACCAAACCCAACUCUCUUCUAUUGAUCAUAAACAACACAACAGAGAACACACUACUCCUUAGUCAAGACAACAAUACUGUUCUAUGGUCUGUGAGCGUAUCAACAAAACCCAAGAAUCCAAUCCUGCAGCUCUUGGAUUCAGGGAACCUUGUUCUGACGGAAGAAAAGAAUUAUCUAUGGCAAAGCUUUGAUUACCCUGGUGAUACACUCUUGCCAGGGAUGAAGCUUGGUAAGGAUUUGAAGACUGGUUUGGAUAGGCGCGUAACUGCGUGGAAGAAUAACAAAGAUCCUUCGCCAGGAACGUUAAAUUGGGGAAUGGAUGUGACUAAGUGGCCAGAACCAAUGCAGAGAAUAGGAUCAAUGAAACAGUUCAACUCUGGACCGUGGAUUGGAGUGGGUUAUGGUAGCAAACCAACCAUAAAGCGCCAAGCAUUUUUCAGCUUAGUUUUUGUCUCCAAUGAGGAUGAAGUCUACUUCGCAUUCCACCUUGAUAACAACUCAGUUCCCGUGAGGAUGGUGUUGGAUCAAGCCACCUACAAGCGUCUGUAUUUUGUUUGGAUUGAUUCUGACCAACAAUGGCAGGUCUAUGUUUCCCUGCCAAGAGACUCUUGCGAGCGAUAUAGUGUUUGUGGUCCUAAUUCCAAUUGUGAUUGGAACACGUCCGCAGUUGAUGCUUGUGCUUGUUUGAGAGGGUUCAGGCCUAACAGCGCAGGAGGUUGCUUGCGCGACAAGCUGCUACAAUGUGAAAGUGAUGAGUUUGUUAAGUAUGAGAAGAUGAAAGUGCCGGACACUGAGAAUUGUUGGUACUUGAAUCAGAGCAUGAACCUUGUUGACUGCAGAGACAAAUGCUUGAGGAAUUGUUCCUGUGUUGCUUAUGCGAAUUCGGAUAUUAGAGGUGAAGGUAGUGGUUGUGCUUUGUGGUUUGGUGAUCUUAAUGACUUGAGGAUUCUACCAGAUGCAGGCCAAGAUCUUUAUAUUAGAGUUCCUGCUUCAGAGUUAGAGACAAACAACGGACGCAAGGUCAAAAUAGGAGUUGCAGUUGGAGUCACAAUUGGCGUAUUAUGUGGCCUUCUCUUAGUUUUGUGUUUGAUAUGGAAAAGAAGGAAAAGGGCCAUUCUGAAAGAUAAUGUAGAGGCUAUUGUAGCAUUCGUGGAUCAUUCCGAGGAAGACACAGAGGUUCAAUUCUAUGACCUAUCAGUUAUAGCUUCUUCCACAGAUAACUUUUCUGAUAAAAACAAGCUUGGAGAAGGUGGUUUUGGACCUGUCUUCAUGGGAACAUUGGAAAAUGGACAAAGAAUAGCAGUUAAGAGGCUUUCAACUGGUUCUGGACAAGGGGCCGAGGAAUUUAAGAAUGAAAUUGCAUUGAUUGCUAAACUUCAGCAUCGUAAUCUUGUCAAACUAAAAGGAUAUUGCAUUCAGAAUGAAGAGAAAUUACUUAUAUAUGAAUACAUGCCUAAUAAGAGUUUGGAUUUCUUUAUAUUUGUAGAUCAAACACAAAGAAUGCUUUUGGAUUGGCCUACAAGAUUCGAUAUAAUAUGUGGGAUAGCGAGAGGCCUUCUUUAUCUUCACCAAGAUUCAAGACUUAGAAUUAUUCAUAGAGAUCUCAAAGCAAGUAAUGUUUUACUUGACGAUAAGAUGAAUCCAAAGAUCUCAGAUUUCGGUUUAGCUAGAAUCUUGGGAGAAGACAAGACUGCAGAAAUUACGCAUCGCAUUGUUGGAACAUAUGGAUAUAUAGCACCGGAAUAUGCAAUUGAUGGAAACUGCUCAGUAAAAUCAGACGUUUAUAGCUUCGGUGUUCUCUUGUUGGAGAUAGUAUCAGGAAAGAAAAACACAGGAGGCCAUGAAAAAGAAAAUACAAACCUUACUGGAUACGCAUGGAAUUUGUGGAUGGAAGGGAGGCCUUUAGACUUGAUUAGUGAAGACCUAAAAGAAUCUUGCAAUGGCUCUGAAGCAUUGCGAUGCAUUCAAAUUAGUUUUCUGUGUCUCCAACAGAAUCCACAUGAGAGACCAAGCAUGUCAUCUGUGGUUAUGAUGUUAGGUAGUGAAAUUUGCUUGCCUCAGCCAAAACAACCAGCUCUUUUUGUUCGAGAAUAUUCUUCACCAAAUAAGAGUAAUUUAUUUUCUACUAAUGAAUUAAGUAUGUCCAUUUUAGAACCACGUUAGAAUUGCUUAAAAAUUUGUAACAUAUAUACUGCAUAUGUCUUAGCAAAAUAUGAACAGAUUAUUAAAUGACUUGCUAAUGUUAAUUAUGAGACAAUCUGAUAGUUAAUUGUCAUGUGUAAUAUUGUUAUGAAGGGUGCUUGAUUGAUAAUAUCUUCUAUAAGAUUUUUGACA